AUGACUGUCAAAAGAAAACCAAGAAGAUACGAGCAAAGGGCGAUACCAACGAACAAGCGAGUGGAUGGCAACACUAUGGGGAGACAGGGAAACCGCUUCCAUGCCUUUCAAGAGAAAGACGUAAGACAGACGAGCGCAAAGGUUACUGAGAAAAAGAAUAGUGAGACACAUGCAAGAAAGAAUCAGCAGGAGGGAGUGAAGCAAAACGCACCGCCCUUGGAUGGAAAUAAGUCAAAUGCUACUAUCCGGAAAAAUGUGCCUAAUAAUGCUGCUACUAAACCUGACCCAAAAAUCAAUGUCGGAGGCAGUAUCAAAGUGGAUGGGAAGGGAGUACAAGGUAUGCAAGAGAGAGAUGCCCAUGCAGGCCAUGCAGUACACGUACCACCGGGAGCGCAACAGAACAAUGGCAAAAGCUCCACCGUGAACAAAUUAUCUACGCUGAAUGGUGUAGGGAACCUAUCCCCUUCGAGGAAUAAAUGA